AUGAAAAGACAUGAAAACAGCAGACCCAGAUCAGCUUGGCCUGAACCAUCCGAGUGUCUCCAGAAAGAGAGCAAUGAAGCGCCUCGCCAGAGACGACGUCUGAGCCAUCCCGCGGUUGUUAGGCGGGAACACCAGGUGAUUCUCUGGGGUUCGCACAAAGGGCUGUAUGACGACAGAGAACAUAGAUGUCUCUUGUGCUAUGAACAUCUGGGAGGACUUCCAGCGCGCGGGUGUCAAUGUCGUCACCUCCCAAUAGUCUCAAGCCCGUUGAAGAAUUCUUUUACGGCUGCAGAUUUGAACAGACAGUACGACUUUGGACUAUUACACUCCAGAGGCCACAGCGUCGGGUCUUCGCGCUCGAUGGAAAAUUUGAACCGGAAGUUCAGGAAAAUGGUGAUGCAGACAUUUUCAUCGGCCAAUGAAACGGUUGUGGAUUCUGUCAAGGAAAACCGUGCCCGUGUGCUGUCGUACAACGCUGUUUCGGACAAGCUGAUGCGUGUAGUGGAGGACGACGAUGAGGACUUGGUAAGGUGUCUGAGCCGUUUACAACCCAACACGGAUAAAACCAGACAAAAAGGUCAAUAA